AUGCCACAAAACGAACAACAUAUUAAAUUUCAUGACCACGUUGAACAUGUCAGCGAUGAAUUUGACGAGGGUGGAGAGCAUUUAAAUGAAAAUGAAGACAAAGCAACAAUCAAAGAUACUAACAGCUUUGAUUUAGAAGAUUUUGACACAGCAAGGACUGAUACCGGAGAACCUUUAGCGCCUCAAUAUAUAACCAUUGACUUCACACCUGUCCGUGGAGUUGACGAUGUAGAAUCUUUACAGGAAAAAUGCUUAGGAUUCUGGAAAUUUGUUAAUGAAAAUCCAAAUGUGCAGCGUUUGUCAGAUAAAGGAUUUGAAGAGAUCCACAGUUUGACAAUAGAAACCAAUACAAAUAUUCCUACAAAUAGAAGUGAUUCUUAUAAUAGUGUGAAUCAGACCAUCAACGUGUUUCAAAAUGUCGCUGAUAUUACACGGAUGUUUGAAACUAAGCAGUCAUGUGAUUAUCAGAACCAUAAUGACGACUACUUAAGUGGCGAAGUGCGAAAACAGAACCCACGUCAAGUGAAAUUAAAGAAGAUAUACAACGAACGUGGUAGUCAACAAUCCCUCCCAGAACUCAAGUCAGAAAUGAGUUUAUCGAACCGUCUCUCACGUACGAGUUACCAAGUGUCCGAUGAAGUUGAUAAGUUGUGCCACGAAAUGAAAAACUGGGAUAUAUUGCAUCCUAAGUAA